AUGAAGUGCUUACAAAGAUUAACGACAACACAUCUUUUGAGAAGAGUUCUUGAGAACCAACAUAAAUUUAUUCAACUUUUGCAACAGCAACAAGUUCGAUCAUGCAGCACUGGACGAUUACAAGAAGCUAUCAAGCCUGAAGAUGAAGACUAUCCACAACUUAAAACGAUCGAUCCAUCAACAUCAUAUUAUCCGACCUCAAAACCAUUCAAACAUGCUCCCGAAGUUGGUGAUCAGUUCACUCAUUCGCAAUUGGCGGUUAGAUUGGCUGCACCUCAUCAACUUCAUCCAAAGCCUGAUGCUGAUGAUUUGGUGUUUGGAAAACAUUUCACUGAUCACAUGUUGAAGAUCGCUUAUCAUCGUCGCUUGGGUGGAUGGCAAAAGCCCGAAAUCAUGCCAAUGGAAAAUCUUGUUCUCCAUCCAGCUGCUAAAGUUUUCCAUUACGCUGUUGAGCUUUUUGAGGGAAUGAAAGCUUAUCGAGGUGUUGAUGGAAGAAUCAGAAUAUUCAGACCCGAAAUGAACAUGGCAAGAAUGAAUGCAAGUGCACAACGAUCAGGUUUACCAACAUUUGAAGGUGAUGAGUUUAUAAAGUGCAUGUCACGACUCGUAACAAUUGAUCAGGAAUGGGUGCCACAUACUGAAGCUGCAAGUUUAUAUCUCAGACCAACACUUAUUGGAAUUGAACCAACACUUGGCGUUGCAUCAUCUGACUCUGCACUUUUGUAUACGAUUUUAUCACCAGUUGGCGGAUAUUUCACAGCUGGUGCAACAAGUAUGGGAGUUUCACUUCUUGCUGAUCCACGGUAUACUCGAGCAUGGCCUGGUGGCGUUGGAGAUCGGAAAAUGGGAUCCAAUUAUGCACCAACCAUUCAAAUCCAAAAGGAAGCAACUGCACAAGGCUUACAACAAGUUUUAUGGCUCUAUGGAGAAGAUCAUCAAGUAACUGAAGUCGGAACAAUGAAUUUCUUCAUGUUAAUGGUCAAUGAACAAGGCGAACGUGAACUGAUAACACCUCCAUUAAAUGGACUCAUUCUUCCUGGUAUCACACGCGAUUCCAUUCUUCAUCUUGCUCGUGACUGGAAACAAUUCAAAGUGACUGAAAGAACAAUCACAAUGUUUGAAGUCAAGAAAGCUUUGUACGAGAACAGAAUUCUUGAGAUGUUCGGAGCCGGAACUGCUUGUGUUGUGUCGCCAAUUGAGCGAAUUUAUUACAUGGGUGAGAAUUUGAUGAUUCCAACAUUAGAUCACGAUGAACCUGUGUGGAAACAAAUCUGCACAACCCUCACUGACAUUCAAUAUGGAAAAAUUAAACAUCCAUGGGGUGUAACUAUCGAUUAAAUGCUAAGAAAUUGCAAAUAUUAAAUUAGUUUAAAGCUUCUCUCGAAUAAGUUCAUAUGUACAUAUACAUUAAAAGCUUCUUAAAUAUUUGUUGUUAUGCCAAAAUUUAGACAAAGUGACAAUCCUCUGCGGGUCAGUAGAUUAUCAAAUGAUUCAUUGUAUCAGUGGAGAGCGAGACUUUUAAUGCUGAUGAAAAAGCAAUUAAGUACAAAAAAUUACGAAGUGUUUUCAUUUUUCAUAAAUAUUGAGAUGAUUGUUAACAACUUGAGAUGUGACGAAGGCAGAUGAAAGUAUCUUUAACUUUAGAAAUUUUUACUUGUAUAUAGACUUAUUCUUGUAAGGUUUGAAAUGUUUAAAAUAUUUUAGUUUAGUUUAGCAUAUAUCGAAGUAUACGUAAGGUCAAUGUUAUCACGACUUUGUUUAAAAAAGAGAGUCGGAUGUGCUACAAAAACACAAAUGUCUUCCAAUUUUAUGUCGUCAUAACACUCAAACCUGUCUUGUUUGCAUUCGACUUUUCCUACAAGCGACGAUGAGGUCAAGGAAUUGAUCAUGGAUAAGAAUAAGUUAACAGACAAGAAACCGGAAGAAUUUAAGUGCCAAAAUGUCUUUUAAAAGAAUGAACAUGGAAUGAUUGCCUUUUCAAAAAUCGGGACUUCCAGGAAGUUAUUUUGGAGAUAACUUGGUUAAGCAAAAGAUUUCUGAGAAGUCUUGAUUUUCGAUAGGUAAAACUUGAUUGAAGUUGUUCUGCCGAUGUAAUGUCUAACAUUGAAUUAGUUAAAAUAUUUAAUUUUUAAGGCUUUUCCUACUCUUACAUAUUGCCAAUUGAUAAUUGCAAAGUUUCGGCAGCAAAUCAUUAAAUUAUAAAACAUUUGAAUAUCUGUUUAGAUAAUUAAUAUUUAUGAAUUUAAGGCAUCAUUAUUGGUUUAAGGCUAAUUUCGAGAACACGAAAUAUUUUGUAAAUAGUGAAAAAGAAAAAAUUGCGUACGACUCAUGAUGCAUUUAGACGAAGAAUCAAACCACGAAACGAAUUUAAAUUCCAAAUUUCUUUUUGUUUUCUUCUGAUCGAUUGGUAUUAAGUCCUUAAACAUUUUUGUUUUGUUUUUUGUUAGUUUGUUUAAAGAAAACUCAUGCAAAGCUGAAUAAAAUGCUGUGAAUAUUUACAUGAUAAAUAAAAAUAUUUUUCUUUUCUUUAAGA